AUGGCUGAAAAUGUUGUUCACUGCGAUGACGAAUUUGUACAUUCCAUCAAAACAUUACUCUGGGGUAAUACUAUCAAAAAAGAUGUAUUUAAACGAUGGGCACAAGGAUUUUACUUCAGCCCUGAUGAGCCAACAGCAUUGAUACAAACAGAAGGUGGUCCUUGCGCAGUAAUAGCUCCUGUCCAAGCUUUCAUCUUGAAAGAAUUACUUUCUGAGACUGAUGUUUCGACAUGGAAAAAUAUUAAUUUGGAUACAUGUUAUCAACUCCUUGUACGAGCUUCUAUAGAGAUUUUGAAGCAAGCAGCUGGAGAAAAAGUUCCAAAGUUUUGUAUUGUAUUUAUGGAUUGUAAAUUUUCGAAUGAGGAUAACGGAAGAAAGGCCAAGUGGGUAGAGAAAAUACCAGAGGUUGAAAACCGUGAAGAAGAAAUAAGCGUGACAAAUAACGAAAAUCAGGAAACAAAUAAAAAGAUAUUAUUGAUGGAAAUGAAUGAGGAAUGCAGAACCAUAGAUUCUGAUCUUUUUCAUUCUCAAUUGAGGUUAUUUACAACAAAUACCUCUGAACAUGUGGAAGAAUUUUUUUCAGAAAGGUUAGAGAUGUUAAAAGAUAGAUACGGAAUCUUAUUGCUUCUUUAUAGUGUAAUUGUUACAAAGGGUGUUACUGAAAUUCGUUCAGAAAUGUCAGAUCCCUCAGAAUCAAUGAUUGAUUCAACAUAUGGUUAUGGAAAUCAGAGUCUUAUAAAUUUGAUGCUCACUGGAAGAGCAGUCAGCCAUGUGUGGGAUCAUGAUCAAGAUGUUGGAGGAUUGAAAUUGCGCGGGAUAGAUAAACAAAAUUCUAUCGGAUUUCUUGCCCUUCUUGAACAUCUAUGUUACUGUGAAGUAGGAACUUUCUUGAAAUCUCCCUCGUAUCCUAUUUGGGUGUUAGGUUCAGAAACUCAUUUAACUGUACUAUUUUCUACUGAAAAAAGACUUGUGAGUCCCGAAACACCUGCAGAUCAAGCGAAAAGAGUUUUUAGAAAAUUUGAUCCUGAAGGAAAUGACUUUAUUCCUGCCAAUUUACUACAAGAUGUUCUUGCUGAACUUGGACUUGUUACAGAUACAAAUUGAAAAAAUUGGACACUGAAAAUUUGGGAAUUAUUCUACGUACUAACUUUAUGGACGAGUUCUUUCCUGAAGAACCACGAACAUGUCCGGAUACAUUUCCAUUGUAUCACUACAAUGGUCUCCAACAUAGUAAUCCAGAAAAUAAAGUUAUUUAUCACAAAGGUCAAGCAGUGUUGUUGGAGUGCACUAUUAAGGGUAUUAUGGAAAGUAAUCCUAUGUUAACAGUACUUCAAACAAAAUGGCCCAGAAUUGAGAUUCAAUGGGAUAUUGGUCAAAAUCCGAGCCUGAACUAA